AUGAAAGUUGGAGUAGGUAAUCUCACUCUGUCAACUUUUUGCCCUUCAAUGAACUCGACUACUGGUCCAACUAAGAAUUCUCAAGCAAAGAGUGAUGCAAGUUCGAAGUUGAAGAAAUCAUCUGCUUGUGGAAAGCUUGGGAAAGUCUGCUCCACUUACGUGAGGAAUAUCCGAAAAUUUAUUAGGGAAACAACUCGUCCUAAGAUGUCCGAAUUUAAGCCGAUUCUUAGAAUCCAUGUGGCGGGGGUACACGUGUUGACGGAUCACACCGGUUCACGGCAUACAGUUUGGAUGCCUCAGCUAUUUCAACUGCGAGAGAGGUUCGACGAGUACGAAUCUUAUAUAUAA